UUUUAAUGGUUUCCUUUGAGAAUAUUUUGAUUAAAGAAUGGUCAUUCACGGCAGGAGAACUGGUAAAACAAAGGCUUCAUCAGUUUAAUUAGUAUUUAAUAUAAUGCAUUACAUGCAGUGAUUUUGCAUUAUUGCUAACAGAUUGUGGGGCAGCUUUGUGACUUGGUAGGUUCGAUUCCCAGGUCGAGUGGUUGCUAGCUCCACUCUUCCUAGCGCCGUGCAAAUAUCAAAUGUGUCUGGGGGUGGCAGAAAUUAUUAUUUAAAACUAGGGUGGCACAGUGGCUCAUUAAGUAGGUAGCACUGUCGCCUCACACCAAGAAGGUCCUGGGUUCGAUCUCCAGGUGGGCCAGUCGGGGUCAUUUUUGUGUGUGUGGAGUUUGCAUGUUCUCCCUGUGUCUGCGUGGGUUUCCUCCAGGAGCUCCGGUUUCCUCCCACAGUCCAAAGACAUGCAAGUAAGGUGAAUUGGAGAUACAAAAUUGUUCAUGACAUUAAACUUGAACUGAUGAAUCUUGUGUAACCUGUCCUGUCAUGAAUGUAACCAAAGUGUGUAAAACAUGACAUUAAUCCUGACUUAUAAAUAAAUACAUUUGUCACAUUAUUAUUUCCCAUCCAGUCUACAAUGGGUAUUGUAUCACAUACUGUAAAACUUAAGACAUUCCUAUUUUAAAGAUUAUCCCUGUAGACGUUAUGGUCCCUAUUUUAUGCAAAAAGUUUUAUAACUGAGAGAUACCUAGAGUUCAUUUACUUCAGGUUUAAGUGAGACAAGCGCUAGUUUGUCAUAUUGCCAUAACCUGGUUGGUGGAGAAUAAUUUUGCCACAACUUGGUUGGUUUGACUUCAACAAGAAGUCGUAAGCUCUCAUUAAAGGUAUAAUUUAUGUUUGGUUCUGAAGAAGUUCCAGUGACCCAAACUAUUUUAGUGCACUUGUACAGGAAAUGCCAUUUUUUGUACAUACGUUUUUUUUACUCUCCUUUUCAGACAAAGCCACCAGUCAGCUGUUGCUGGAGACAGACUGGGAAUCAAUAUUGCAGAUUUGCGACCUUAUCCGGCAGGGCGACGCACAGGCGAAAUAUGCGAUUGGUGCCAUCAAGAAAAAACUUAAUGACAAAAACCCACAUGUUGCCCUUUAUGCUCUUGAGGUACUCGAGUCGGUGGUGAAGAAUUGUGGGCAGACGAUUCAUGAUGAGGUGGCUAGUAAGCAGACCAUGGAAGAACUGAAGGAACUCUUCAAGAAGCAAACUGAGCCAAAUGUGAGGAAUAAGAUUCUGUACCUGAUUCAGGCCUGGGCUCACGCCUUUCGCAACGAACCCAAGUACAAAGUGGUCCAAGACACUUACCAGAUCAUGAAGGUGGAAGGUCACAGCUUUCCUGAAUUUAAGGAGAGUGAUGCCAUGUUUGCUGCAGAGAGGGCCCCUGAAUGGGUGGAUGCUGAGGAGUGCCACAGAUGCAGAGUUCAGUUCGGUGUGAUGACUCGAAAGCACCACUGCAGGGCAUGCGGGCAGAUCUUUUGUGGCAAGUGCUCAUCCAAGUACUCUACCAUUCCCAAGUUCGGCAUUGAAAAAGAGGUGCGAGUGUGCGAGCCCUGCUUCGAGAUUCUUAACAACCUCCUGUCAAACUCUCCUCCUUCUAGGAAAGCAGAUGGUAAGAGCAGCGGCAGUAGCAGCAGCAGCAGUACUGGCGGCCAGUCCGAACUGCCCCCUGAAUACCUGACCAGCCCUCUGGCCCAGCAAUCCCAGAUGCCGCCUAAGAGGGAUGAGUCUGCCCUGCAGGAGGAAGAGGAGCUGCAGCUGGCCAUUGCUUUGUCUCAGAGUGAAGCUGAAGAGAAAGAGAGGAUGAGGCACAAGAACUCCUACUCUGUGUACCCCAAAGCUGACCCGACUCCUGUAACCUCCUCUGCUCCACCUGUCAGCACUCUCUACUCCUCUCCUGUGAACUCUUCUGCUCCAUCAGCUGAAGACGUCGAUCCUGAGUUGGCUCGCUAUCUGAAUAGGACUUACUGGGAGAAGAAACAGGAAGAAGUGCGCAAGAGUCCCACCCCCUCAGCUCCAGCUCCAGUGACAUUGGCUGAACCCCUGCCAAUCAGCCAGCCAGUGGAAAGCCAUGCCCCUGUCCAGCCUAUCAACAUAGUGGAGCAGCAGUACCAGAAUGGAGAAUCAGAGGAAAACCAUGAGCAGUUCCUAAAGGCUCUGCAGAAUGCUGUCACCACCUUCUUGAACCGCAUGAAGAGUAACCACAUGAGGGGACGCAGCAUCACCAACGACAGUGCUGUGCUUUCCCUCUUUCAGUCCAUCAACAACAUGCACCCACAGCUUCUGGAGGUCCUGAACCAGCUUGACGAGAAAAGACUCUACUACGAGGGACUGCAGGACAAGCUAGCCCAGGUUCGGGAUGCACGGGCGGCUCUGAACGCCCUGAGAGACGAGCACCGUGAAAAACUGCGCCGUGCUGCAGAAGAGGCUGAGCGACAGCGGCAGAUCCAGCUGGCCCAGAAACUUGAGAUCAUGAGGCAGAAGAAACAGGAGUACUUGGAGAUGCAGAGACAGCUGGCUAUUCAACGUCUGCAAGAGCAGGAAAAGGAAAGGCAAAUGCGUCUAGAGCAGCAGAAACACACCAUCCAGAUGCGUGCUCAGAUGCCUGCUUUUUCGCUCCCUUACGCACAGAUGCAGUCACUGCCACCUAAUGUGGCUGGUGGGGUAGUGUAUCCACCUGCUGGUCCUCCCAGUUAUCCAGGCACAUUUAGCCCUGCUGGCUCUGUGGAGGGCUCUCCCAUGCAUGGCGUCUACAUGAACCAACCUGGACAGCCCGGAGCAGGACCCUACCAGGCAAUGCCUGUUUCUGCAACUGAUCCAAACAUGGUGAACGCCUACAUGUAUCAAACUGCAGGCACCAGCGGGCAGCCAGCUGCCCCUGGUCAGGCUCCUCCUAACACCAGUCCUCCAUACACUACCUACCAGCCCACCCCGACACAGGGCUAUCAGAAUGUGGCGUCUCAAGCUCAGAGUUUGCCUCCAAUGUCACAGCCUGCACCAACCAAUGGCAUGGCCUACAUGGGCUACCAGCCGUAUAGCAUGCAGAACAUGAUGUCGGCACUUCCCGGGCAGGACCCAAACAUGCCCCCUCAGCAGCAGUACAUGCCUGGUCAGCAACCCAUGUACCAGCAGAUGGUGCCACCUGGCGGUCCUCAGCAGCAGGCGCAGCAGCCUCAGCAGGCACCUGUGGGCAGCGCCGAGGCUCAGCUCAUCUCUUUCGACUGAUACUCCACCUUCUAACCUGCACACUACAGUCAGCCCACAGUUCCUGGAACCCUUACUUUCACAUACUUGCAGUAGUUCUGUAACCAUCUGUUGUACAAAUGUCCCGGUUAUCAGGAAUAUUGUGAGACAUAACUGCUGCUCUGAACUCCUCUGUUUCCCUUAUUGCUUUACAUGGAGAGAGGUUUACAACUGGUUCUGAUGGGGGAUAUCUUAAACCUCCACAUUGCCGACUCUCAGCCUUUCUUUGUUGGUCUUUUUUAAUGUAUGUAGUGUUUUCUUUCUGGAACCAACUCUGGAUCUUAGCUAGUACUUCGUAUAAUAGGGUUAAAUGAGUACACAAUUACAAUAUAAAUCGAAAGAAUUCAGACAUAACCAUCGUGUAUUUUUCUAAAGUCAAUCUGCAUGUAAUUUUUUUUAAAUAAGGCAAGGGUUCCUAGUGGCAUCAGAAGUCUGUGUAUCAGAAAAUCAUUAGUUUGAUUGUGAAGAUUAUAAUUGGCUAUUCCUGUAUCCAUGUUAAUCAAAGCGACGUUAGCCUAAGUUGGGUGUAGAAGUAUGAAUACAGUUAGUGUCAUUAUUCAGACAGGUAAAUCUGGCUAGUGGCGUUGCAUAAACGUCUGGUUACCUGCCUUUGAUAAAGCACAUGCACACACUUAACUUUUCAUCUUGGUAGCCAUUAAAGAGACUCAGCUAGAGGGUGGGAACAGGCAACAAUUAACCUAGGAAUCAGUGGAGUAAAAUAGUCAUUUUGGUGCAUAGUGUCAGUUCAGGUCAGUAUAGCAAAGCUGUUGUACUCAACCCACUAUAAUCAGAUUUGAGAUUAAAGCUGCAGUAUGUAACUUUGACUAAUAAAUGUAUUAUUUUAUUUGGAACAGUGAUGCAGGUUGGCCCUAAAAUGCAUAAAAAUAUUAAGUUUAAUGGGGAGUCUGAGUCUGAAGAGGACUAAGAUGUUCUGACACGCUGCCGCUAGGUGUUGACCAAACACGUCUGUAAUUUGUAUUGAUUUACCACAUAUGAAUUAAAUUCAGUGCAAUAGAGAGGUGCACAGUUAAAAAAAAUAUGUACUUGCAUGAACUAACAUUUGUCUACCAUAGAAGUUUACAUGCUGUAGCUUUAACUGAGAUAUCCUAGCUUUCUAGCAGUCUGGAACAUAAUUAUUACAGUCUCGUCGUAGGUUAUAUUGAUAAUUCAGAACAGAAACGUUACAGCCAUAUUGAGUCUAAUUCUGAUUUUGAUGAAACAAACCAGCUGCUGUUGCCGAGUAUAGCGUUCAGGUAGUUUUGCAGACACUCUGGGCUCAGCUGGCUUCCCAGUUCUUCUUCAUUCUCUGUGGACCUAACCAAUGCUUCUCAGAAUUUAGGAAGCAGUUCAUUUUGAAUCAGUUUUAGAUGAAGUAAAAACUUUUUUCCGUUUUGGUCAAGCCCAUGGUCGUGUGUGGUUGUGUACAGCGAGAAUUGUGAAUGAUGAAACGAGAUCUUUUGAUACAAAUGAAGGACCAAGUUUUGACCAAGUACUGCAUGUUUGUAGUGUACAUCAUCAGUGACUUCUGUAACCCUUUAAUGCCAUCUGUGGACAGCUUUAUUAAAUUACACUGAUCUGUAUGACUCCCCAAAAAAUAAUUUUAAGAUUAUAUUUAAUAAAUCUCAUUCUUUUAUUGUGCAACAAUU